CUGUGAUUUAAUUUUAAAACUAUAAAGCAGAACCCCCCCUUCUUUCCUUCCUUCCUUCCUUCCUUCCUUCUUUCGCCUCUCAUGGCAGUUUCCUCUGCCUCCGCCACCGGUGGUUGCUUCACGACGUAAAACGUGUCGGUAUCCGAUUCUCGGAAAAACACCAACACGAUACCUUGACCUAGGUUUUUUAGAGGGGGGAGAGACAAUCAACGGCUUCUGUUCCUAAAUUUAUAUAUAAUAAUGGCCAAAAAGAGGAAAUCGUUGGCAACGACCCUAGACGAGGUCGAUCGGACGAUGUACUCCAAUUUUUGCAACGCCGCUAACUCUCUCUCUCAGCUUUACUCGCAGGCCAUGAGCCAACAGAAGCUUUCUUUUCUAUCCGGUGAACGCCACGGAUUGGAAAAGCUCUAUCAAUGGAUUUCUAAGCAAGAAGCGGAAGGAUUGAGAGUGACCUCGGAAGACAUACUAGCCUAUAUCCAGGGUGAGCUAGAAUCAUCAUGUGUGGAGGAGGCACCAUUAGCAAGACAGCAAGUGACAAAUCCCCCAUCGAUAAAUUGUGGGUCAUCUAGUGAUCAAGCAGCGUCGAAGAACUAUAUAUUCUCGAAUGCUUUGUCGAGCCCUGUUCGUCGCAGCCUUCAGAACUAUCACAUAUCCAGCCAGGUGGAAAAUCAGAUUCUUGAUUCUUCAAUGGACAUGCAUGCAGAUCAUGAUUAACAACUACUUUUCACUUCCUUCUGCAAUCCAAGAAAGAAGUUAUAUUCUUCAUGUUAUUUGUAAACUACCUUUUGGAUUCUUACUCUUUCAUCUUUUAUGAUUCAAAUCAUGCCCUUUUCCUCACCUA